AUGUUGAGAGCAUCAACUCCUGAAAAUAUUCGUUUCAUAAUAAUCGACAUCCAACAGUCACCUACACGACCGACGCCACCCGUCCCAAAAACACCCGCACAAACAAUGACAAAAAGAAUCCGAUCGGAGAACGAAACACCUGAAGCAAGUGAUUCUGCAUGCCCUGUCGUACGCACCCUCACCUUUGCUCCACCAGAAGAUGGAGACCAUGAUGGACAAACUGCAAAACCAGCUCGAGACAAUGCAGGAAAUGCUUGCCAUGGUACAAAACACUUUCAACUGCAUCAACCAAACAAGACAAAACAUGAUGAACGAAGCUCCGAUGAAAUGCCAUACAGACAUGUCGUCGUCACCAAAACCUUCAUCAAUGAUCUCGAUAAAGACACGGUGAUCAUGCUUGACAUCUUCCAGGCAAUGCAAGAGAACAUGGCAUCAGCUACCGAGGUCUGCAAGAAAAUCAUCAAGGACCACCAGGUCCCAUGA